UACAGAUAUUUCUAAGCAUAAGGUUCCCCCCUCCCCUAUCUUCAUCACACUUAAGUCCAGUUGGUGUCGGUAAUGCACCUUGAGUUGGUUUGCCAGCCUCCAUGAAAUAGAAGAAGGAGAUGAUGAAGAACAGUAAAGACACGAGGUAAGAAGGACGCUGCCACUUCAAGUUGUACAACAUGGAGCAGGUGUGGCCACCAAUGCAGGUAUGUCUAGAUAUGGCAUAUAAAGGUGAAGAGGGGGUCUCGGGUGAAGUGUGUGAUGAAGAGGAAAAGAAUAACCUCACACUACACAAGAGCCUCGUCUCUGUGCCUACCAUGGAGAAAAGACAUGUGAACAUUAAGGAAGAGGACUGUGAGUGGGAGUCUGCAUACUUACAGCAGGACCACCUCAGCAUUAAGGAGGAGGAGGACUGUGAAAGAGUGGUCUGUGACAUUAAAGAAUAUUCUGAACCAGCUUCUGACAGCACCGACAUUCAGAGAAAUGAAACUAUCAGUGGCAUAAAGAAAGAAAACCUUAAAUCAGAGUCGGACUCUCUGUGUUUCUAUCCCGAUGAAAAGGCUCCUGGGUUAGGCUUGAAACCCAGUAGUCUGUGCUCCCUGCAACAUCAUCUGAAGUCUGAAUCUUUGGAAUCUGACAUGAAGAAGACUGCAAACGCAUUGAGGGCUAUCCAUCAUGAAGAAGAUUUCAUAAAGAGUGGCAGCUGCUUGUCUUCAUUGGCUCAGACUUCUCAACAGUGCAGCUCACAACCGAAACCACAUGAUGAAAAUAUGAAGAAAUCAAUAUGUGAAUCAGAGAUUUUGAGAUCAGCUUUUUUGGAGGAUAGCUCUCUGCUUGGUGAUGCAAUUGACACUCGGUUAGAGGGACUCUGUACCAAUUCAUCAACUUUAUUUGUCUGCCAAGAACAGAAAGAACAAUUUAAAAGUGAAUCGAAAUGCAAGCAGAGUCAGAAUAGACAGAAACUUUAUACUUGUUCUGAAUGUGGCAGACAACUCACACUAAAGAGCAGCCUAAAGAAACACAUGCGAAUUCACACUGGAGAGAGGCCAUAUUCUUGUACCACAUGUGACAAGCGAUUCUCCACCAGUGGGGCUCUUCGGAUCCACACAAGAAUCCACACUGGAGAAAAGCCAUUUUGCUGUUCAGACUGUGGCAAACAAUUUUAUGAAAGGAGCCGUCUUCGGGUCCAUAUGAAAAUUCACACUGGAGAGAAACAGUAUUGCUGUUCUGAAUGUGGCAAACAAUUCUUGGACAGCAGCAAUCUUAGGACCCACAUGAGAAUUCACACAGGAGAGAAGCCAUUUUGUUGUUCUGAAUGUGGAAAAGGUUUCUCCUCCAGUGCAAUUCUUAAGAACCACACAAGAAUUCACACCGGAGAGAAGCCUUAUUGUUGUUCUGAAUGUGGGAAACCGUUCGCUGCUAGAAGCAGCCUUCGGAGACAUAUGAAAAUUCAUACUGGGGAGAAGCCUUAUUUCUGUUCUGAAUGUGGUAAAGAAUUCCUACAUAAGAGCCAUCUUCAGACCCACAUAAGAAGUCAUGCUGGAGAGAAGCCAUAUUAUUGUUCUGAAUGUGGUAAAGGAUUCCUGCAUAAGAGCUAUUUUCAGACCCACGUAAGAAGUCAUACUGGACAGAAGCCAUAUCACUGUUCUGAAUGUAACAAGCAGUUCACUGACAGGAGCCGUCUUCAGACACAUAAAAGAAUUCACACUGGUGAGAAACCAUUUCAUUGUUUUGAAUGUGGGAAACAAUUUUUCGGCAAUUACAAUUUACAAGUACACUCAAGAAUUCACAUUGGAGAGAGGCCAUAUUGCUGUUUAGAAUGUGGCAAGCGAUUCUUGUGCAAAAGCCAUCUUCAGAUCCACGUAAGAACGCACACAGGAGAGAAGCCAUAUUCCUGCUCUGAAUGUGGUAAACGGUUCUCCACGAACAGCAGUCUUCAUUGCCAUAUCAGAAUUCACACAGGAGAGAAGCCUUAUUCAUGUUCUGAGUGUGGCAAGCGAUUCUCUGUAAAGAGCAGCCUAAAGAAACACAUGCGAAUUCACACUGGAGAAAGGCCAUAUUCUUGUACCACAUGUGACAAGCGAUUCUCCACCAGUGGGAAUCUUCAGAUCCACACAAGAAUCCACACUGGAGAAAAGCCAUAUUGCUGUUCAGACUGUGGCAAACAAUUCUAUGAUAGGAGCCAUCUUCGGGCCCAUAUAAAAAUUCACAUUGGAGAGAAACAUUAUUGCUGUUCUGAAUGUGGUAAACGAUUCUUGCACAGCAACAGUUUUCGGACUCACAUGAGAAUUCACACAGGUGAGAAGCCAUUUUGUUGUUCUGAAUGUGGGAAAAGAUUCUCCUCCAGCGAGCUUCUUAAGACCCAUACAAGAAUUCACACCGGAGAGAAGCCUUAUUGUUGCUCUGAAUGUGGGAAACGGUUCGCUGAUAGAAGCAGUCUUCGGAGACACAUGAAAAUUCACACUGGAAAGAGGCCUCAUUCUUGUUCUGAAUGUGGCAAAGGAUUCAUUAACAAGAGUCAACUUCAGAGCCACACAAGAGUUCAUACUGGCGAGAAGCCAUAUUAUUGUUCUGAAUGUGGCAAAGGAUUCUUGUACAGGAAUCAGCUUCAGAGCCACUCAAGAAUUCAUACUGGAGAGAAGCCAUUUUGUUGUUCUGAAUGUGGCAAAGGAUUUUCAGCAAGCAGCAGUCUGCAGAAACACAUGAGCAUUCACACUGGACAGAAACCAUAUCACUGUUCUGAAUGUAACAAGCAAUUCACCGACAGGAGCCGUCUUCAAAUACAUACAAGAAUACACACUGGUGAGAAACCAUUUCAUUGUUCUGAAUGUGGGAAACAAUUUUUUGCCAAUUGCAAUUUACAAGUACACUCAAAAAUUCACAUUGGAGAGAGGCCAUAUGGCUGUUCAGAAUGUGGCAAGCGAUUUUUGUACAAGAGGCAUCUUCAGAUCCACGUAAGAACACACACAGGAGAGAAGCCAUAUUCCUGCUCUGAAUGUGGUAAGCGGUUCUCCACCAACAGCAGUCUUCGUUGUCAUAUAAGAAUUCACACAGGAGAGAAGCCUUAUUCUUGUUCUGAAUGUGGCAGGAGAUUCUCUGAUAAAAGUAGUCUUCGAAGUCAUUUAAGAAUACACACAAGGGAGCAGGAAAAAAAAGAUAAAGAGAUGGUACAAGUUGUUGCUUUUAUGGUUUAAUUACAAAAACUAAUUUUUAGAGUUCUGUCCAGACUCUCCCAUUUUUGUCUCCAGACCAGAGGAUCUUUUUUCUUGGGCUCUCAGAUUCCUUUUAAAUGCUUUUCAGCAAACUCUCAGCUUGCUGUUAUUAGGCACCUUAUAGAUGGAGUACUGCUGAGGUGGUCAUCCUUCUGACAGGUUCUGCUAUCUUAGUACAGGACUUGUGAAGCUCUGGUAGAGUGACCACUAGGUUCUUGGUUACCUACAUAACCACAUUACACAGUUUAUCCAGGUGGUCAGCUGUAGAAAUGAUUCUGGUGGUUCCAAACUUCUUCCAUUUGACAAUGAUCGGGGUCACUGUGCUCCUAGGGUCACUCAAAACGUGAGAAAUGGUGCUAUCCCCUUACUCUGACUUGUGUGUCACCAUAGUUUGAUCAUGCGGGUCUACAGAGAGGUCCUUGAACUUCAUGGUUGGUUUUUGUGCUGCCGUGUUGUGUAAUGUGUGGGACUUUCUCUAUACAGGUGUACGCCUUUUCUAAAUGACAUCCUGUCAAUUCAGUUUGCCACAGGCGCACUCUGGUCAAGUUCUAGAUGCGUUUCAAGGAUGAGCACAAUUUGAAGGGAAAGAGCCAAGGUCCUGAGAGCUUAUACAAGUGAGGAGUUUCACUUUUUAAUUUUUAAUAAAUCUGCUAACAUUUCUGAAAACCUGCUUUCACUCUGUAAUUAUGGGUUAUUGAGUGUAGAUUGAUGGACAAAAGGUGGGAUAUGAAAACAUUUUAAAGUGAAAUCUACAAUGCAAUCAAGUGUGCAAAAAGAGAGAGGGUCUCAGUACUUAAUAUAUCGUUCCACCAUGUAUGUAUAGAUACAAUAGUUUAUUUUUGUUUAGCCCAAAGUUAAACGAGGAGGGCCAUAAUUAGGUUUUAACAGGCCCUAAGUUUUGACAGCCCCCAACCUUAACUAUCUAAGAAGACAAGACACAAAAAAAAAAACCUUGUAGGCAAAAAGUGGUAGAAAUGUCAGGAAAGGCAGUUCAGAGAGUGAGACCCUUUUCCAGGUAGGUUAUGUGUGCAGUGGGUGUCAAAAAAUGGGGUAAAUACAAUGCACAGAACAGAACACAAGUAAUCCUCAAUGCAAUAUAAUAGUAAUAUUACAAAUAAAGAGCAAAGUGUAAGAGUAGCUGACAUCCGGUAAUGUGAUUCCAAUUUGUUUAGAGUCCUGGAGACCUCAGCCAACAAGCUGGCCGGCCCGCCACUGACUCAGCUGUGGAAUGGCCAGUAGGUGGGAGGCAAUCUGAUGGAAGGACCCCUCUACCCGACAAUUCCUUUGCUCCUCCAUCAGAGAUGACUUUACCCUUAGGUAGGCAAAACAACUUGGCAGGUGGGCCGUGGCACCAAGUGCCAGAUUUGAGUACUGAGAAGAAAAACCAAAUAGGUGAGGGUUAGUAACAAAUUCUCUCAUGUUACUUAUGUUUUAGUGCUAAUGACUAACAACAGAGAUGCAGUCUGUACAGUUAAUCAGCAGCUCUAGUCAGGGUGUGCUAAACUGAAGUAGUGAGUCUUCAGCCGGGAUUUAAAAGCUGAGACCGAAGGGGCAUCUCUUAUAGUAGCAGGCAGACCAUUCCACAGUUUAGGGGCCCUGUAACUAAAAGCUCGACCUCCCACUGUUAUUUUAUUAAUCCUUGGAACCAUAAGCAGACCGGCAUCUUGAGAUCUUAAUGUGCGCUCAGGUUUGUAAGUCAUGAUAAGUUCAGACAAGUAAGCCGGACCUCGGCCAUUUAGUGCUUUAUAUGUUAAAAGGAGGAUUUUGAAAUCUGCUCUAAACGUAACUGGGGGCCAGUGUAAGGAUUUAAGAACUGGAGUUAUGUUUGUAUUUUCUUGUUUUUGUAAUAAAUGUAUAGAUUGAUAGAUAAAGCUUCCACUCUGUUAAGCAUUUUCAGCAGUAAUGUUUACAUUGUGCUGUCUACUGCGAUUUAUUGUGUACUGCAUGUGGUAUCAAGGUGAAUGGCAUCUUUUGUGCCAACAGAUGGCCUGUUGCAGUCAUUAGCCCUGCUGUUGAGACUUCCUUACCAGCUGUCCUGUAACUGAAGCAACAGAUAAACUGACCCUAUGGCUAAUAAAAGAAUGUUUCUAUUAUAAUAAAAA